GGGACCGCGAUGAAGGUGGAAAAACAAAACAGUUGAAGAUACCAGUUGCGUUGGCCGGGAAUCGAACCCGGGUCAACUGCUUGGAAGGCAGCUAUGCUCACCACUAUACCACCAACGCUGGCGCUUGAGCACCUCUUUCUGGGAGCUGUCAAGGCUAUUAUACUUUGGCUUGAACGUCGCCAGAGAUGGAAUUUGAGUCGAGAAGAAGAAACCAACAAGGCCAAGGUAGAAGUGACGGCUGCGUGCUCACCUGUUAGCCGCACUGGGCUCAGGUCACCUUUACUACGCGCCACUCUCCCUGCGUGAGACUAUAGGGGUCAUAACAAGUUCACAAAUGAAGAAACCAGGAUCCAGAGAAACUGAGUAAGGUUUUCUGAGUCACCAGCAGAGACUGGAUUAAAUCUAAGAUUUGUGGGGCAAAAACUGCAGCGACACCGUGAGGAUUUAUCAUCUCCAGAAACAUAAAAAUCGCUUCUCUGUUGAGUGAGUUCAGUAUGUUUCGAGGUUAAAGAAUUGAGCCGUAAGCCAAAUGCACCUAAACACAAUUUGCCUCUCCUCGUCAUUUAUCUCCUAGAGGAUGACUUCAAUCCCUAUGUGCGUGCGCCCGCGUCUCGCCUUCAUGUGCCUCGUAGGGACUGCACUGGCAAAACCUUAGAGGCGAGGCUUGAGAACAAACCUCUGCCCCUCAUUACUAACGAUGGGUCUGUUCACACCACCCGUCAAACAUGGGAGUAAGGAAGGCCUCGUGGCGCAACGGUAGCGCGUCUGACUCCAGAUCAGAAGGUUGCGUGUUCAAAUCACGUCGGGGUCACUAGGGAUUUCCAUUUUCGGUAUCCGUGUACAGUGACAUUUUUCAAGAAAGAAAGAAAAAAGUUGGACGCUAGCUCAUAAAUAUGUGAUGAAUUCCAGUUACAUUUUUCGACACUAAAGCCAUACUCUGUAAAACAAUUUAAGGAAUUUUGUUCUGAGCCAAAUUUCAGGACCACGACCUGAAGCCACACCCAAGACGCCUUGAACAAGUGGACUUAUACACCUUUGGCUUUCUCGGCUUACGUCACAGGAAAUCUAGCCAAUGAAAAUUGAGCACUAGCAGGACGAUCAGCCAAUGGGGUCAGAGCGGGAGAUUUGAAAGGACUCGGCGAGGGCGUGGCUGAGCCGCUUCAGUCGUUUGGGGGCGGCCGGGACCUUAGCCGUGCCUCCGGUUCCAGCUGUCCUCCCCGUUUCCCUCUAAGGAUGGCUCUGAAAGAGAACGCCUACCCCUGGUCCUACGGCCGGCAGAUGCUCCUGUGGGUGGUUGAGGACCGCUGCAAGCACUUUCUCCCCGGUUAUGCAUCAACGUAUGGGCUCCAAGAUUUUGCUGGCAAAACCCGUGCUGCCAACUUGAUUCUGACCAGCCUGUGGUCACUGGCUGAGGCCGGCGCCAUCUGGCCUGAGCACCCUGCCCCAGCGAGUCCUCAGGAAGGAUCCUGUCACCCCGUCUGCACUUGUGCUUAUGAGUCGCUCCAAUGUCCAGCCCACAGCUGCCCCUGGCCAGAAGGUGAUGGAGAAUAGCAGUGGGACACCCAACUUUUUAAGGAGGUCCUUCACAAUUGAUGACUUUGAGAUUGGACGUCCUCUGGGCAAAGGCAAGUUUGGAAAUGUGUACUUGGCUCGGGAAAAGAAGAGCCAUUUCAUCGUGGCACUCAAGGUCCUCUUCAAGUCUCAAAUAGAGAAGGAGGGUGUGGAGCAUCAACUGCGCCGGGAGAUUGAAAUCCAGGCCCACCUACAGCAUCCCAACAUCCUGCGUCUCUACAACUAUUUUUAUGAUCGGAGGAGGAUCUACUUGAUUCUGGAGUAUGCGCCCAGGGGAGAGCUCUACAAGGAGCUGCAGAAGAGCCAUACUUUUGAUGAGCAGCGAACAGCCACGAUCAUGGAGGAGUUGGCAGAUGCUCUGAUGUACUGUCAUGGGAAAAAGGUGAUUCACAGAGAUAUAAAGCCAGAGAAUCUGCUCUUAGGGCUCAAGGGAGAGCUGAAGAUUGCUGACUUUGGCUGGUCUGUGCAUGCCCCCUCCCUGAGGAGGAAGACAAUGUGUGGCACCCUGGACUACCUGCCCCCAGAGAUGAUUGAGGGGCGCAUGCACAAUGAAAAGGUGGACCUGUGGUGCAUUGGAGUACUCUGCUACGAGCUGCUGGUAGGGAACCCACCCUUCGAGAGCGCAUCACACAACGAGACCUACCGGCGCAUCGUCAAGGUGGACCUGAAGUUCCCCCCUUCUGUGCCUGCAGGAGCUCAGGACCUCAUCUCCAAGCUGCUCAAGCAUAACCCAUCAGAACGGCUGCCCCUGGCCCAGGUCUCAGCCCACCCUUGGGUCCGGGCCCACUCUCGGAGGGUACUGCCUCCCUCUGCCCUUCAGUCUGUCCCGUGAUGGUCCCUGCCUUUCACUAGGUCGUGUCUGUGUUUGUACGUCUAUGUAUGUGUAGGGGGAAGGAUGGGUCCUGGCCUGUCCUUUGCCUGUCUUCUACCUCCUUUUCAUUUAAUAAAAACUGGUGUUUUUUGUA